UACAUUCUCAACCUGAAAUCUACCCAUCACUGCCAAUCCAUCAUGGCCCCCAUUCUCUCCUCCCCUCCCCCAUCCCUCCAUCUCACCCCCGAACCUCUCACCCCGGACUCCUUUGCCCCGUUCGGUACCGCCAUCGUCUCGCCUCUUCCCCGCCAUCUCUCCGCACCGCCAACAGACUUGUCUUCUCUCCCGCCUCACAACCCGUCUCCCGAGCUAGCCAACCAGUCCUCCGCACUUAAAUACAGCCCCGUCUCUCCGCUCCUCGACCACUAUGCUGGUCGAUGCCCGAGUGGUCGCGCCGCCUCCGCCCGCAUGAGCAUGUUCUGCUGCUUUCCGCGACAGCUGCGAACGGUGCAAUCGAAGCUUUCCAGCACGAAGACAGAGACACCCGUCUUUGACGUGCGCAUCCUCGAACGCCACCCCUUUACCACGCAGACUUUCAUUCCUAUCGAUUUAUCGAGCCAGACGCAUGCCGGCACCCGGGGUGGUGGCGCGGACGACGCGCAGGACGAGCCGUUCUAUCUCGUCGUGGUGGCCCCCACGCUCAAGGGUGAGUCUGUCACCGCGCAGACGGAAUCCGGCCCCACCACUAUCCAGGAUACGCCGGAUUUGAAGAACUUGAGGGCCUUUGUGGCGCGUGGCGGACAGGCGGUCACUUAUGGAGCUGGGACGUGGCAUGCCCCGAUGGCGGUGGUGGGGAAGCGGAGGGUCGAUUUUGUGGUCGCGCAGUUUGCGAAUGGGGUUGGGGAUGAGGAUUGUCAGGAGGCGGCGUUUGGGGAGGGCAUUGUGGUGGAGUUGGGGGAGUCGAGCACCUCUUCGAGCUCUUCGAGGGGAGGGAAGGUCGUGGCGAAGCUGUAGGUGGGUGUGGAAGUAUAGGAGGAAGGUAGGAAAAAGCAAGGGUAUGGAAUGUUGGUGAGGGGGGAUCAAGGAACCCAAAUUGAAUUAAGUGGUAUCUGGAACUCUUCAAGCAGACGAUAUUGUACAUAUUUACAUGCAUACGAACGAACGAACGAACCGACACGACUGGCUUCUCAACAGCUUCCCUGUAUGCUUUGUCGGACGGCCCGGGCCAUAUCGAUGGUCUCCGAGGGUAGACCUGCCAGCUGGGCCACCUUCAAGGCGUGGGACUCGCGAUUGACCCCCUUGCGGAGUCGGUGGACGAAUGAGAAUGACCCCGAGGGCGUUUCCUUAACGUCCGUGCAGUAUCGGCCCAGCGCCCCGAAGUCUUGCGU